CGAGGUGGGCGGGUCCCGGAGGACAACAGCGGAGGAUUCAAACUGAACAUGGCUGCGGGUAAAGAUGUCGAUGAAAACACACAAAAUAAAAGAGGAGCCGUGAGCAGCAUGGUGGUCAAUCGCGAGGAAUCACCGGGGAGCUCCCGCGCCGGGCGACCGCCGGUCAUCUUCAAUCCCGAUUUCUUUGUGGAGAAGCUCCGCCACGAGAAGCCAGAUGUUUUCCUGGAGCUGGUUCUGAGCAACAUAACGCGCCUCAUCGACCUUCCCGGGACGGAGUUCGCCCAGCUCCUCGGUGAGGAGAGCCCUAAGACCCCGACGGGCGGAAAUGGAGGAUUUUUCCGUUCUUUCAACUUCCUGAAACGCAAAGAUAAGGGCGUCGUGUUUGGGACCCCUCUGACGGAGAGCUGCAUCGCCCAGAUCUACCAGCUCAUCGAGUACCUCAGCAAAAAUCUGCAUGUUGAGGGGCUGUUCCGGGUUCCCGGGAACAGCAUUCGUCAGCAGGCUCUGAAGGAGCUCCUCAACAGCGGGGCGGACGUCGACCUGGCAUCCGGAGACUUUCACCCGAACGACGUGGCCACGCUGCUCAAGACUUUCCUGGGAGAGCUGCCGGAGCCCCUGCUGACACACAGACACUUCCACGCUCACCUUAAGAUCGCUGACAUGACCCUGUUUGACGAUCGCGGCAACAAGACGUCGGCGCCCAACAAGGAGCGUCAGAUCGAGGCCCUGCAGCUGCUCUUCCUCCUGCUGCCUCACGCCAACCGCUCGCUGCUCAAACUGCUGCUGGACCUUCUCUACCACACCGCCAAGCAGCAAGACAAGAACAAGAUGUCCGCCUUCAACCUGGCCCUCAUGUUCGCCCCGCACGUCCUCUGGCCCAGACAUAUGACGGCUGGUGACCUUAAAGACAAUCUGAAGAAACUCAACAACAGCAUGGCCUUUCUCAUCAAACACUCUCAGAAGCUCUUCAGGGCUCCACUUUACCUGAGGGAAUACGCCAGAGUGCACUUCACUGGAUCCAAGGCCCUGCAGACUAAGGACGACCUGGAGCUGCUGGCGGCGAGCUCCUCUCCGGCUCAGCGGACGGCGUUGCCUCUGAAGCGGACGGCCGUUCUGGGCCCCAGCUCCCAGGAGCACCAGUCCCCAGCCCAACAGUACACAGAAGAGGCCUUGAAGGAGCUCUUCAGACACGUCCACCACAACAUGCCCGACUCGGCCAAGAAGAAGAAACUUGUCCGACAGUUAGUCAAGCAGACAACUUCAGGGACUCCCACCAACGAGCACCACCACGCCCCCCCGGCUCCCAGCAAGAAACACCCCCGCUCACGCUCCUUCGGGGGCCUCAUCAAGCGCAGAGCUCGAGGUGAACAGCUGACGUCAGAGCGAAGAGUCAGACACAUCUCCCCCGACGCCGUCACCAGGGCAACGAGGAAACCGGGCAAAGAGAACGUCGUCCUGCAGCAGGUGAACAGUCCGUUGAACGGUCACGUGUUGGGGAAAGCAGGGCUGGUGGUGAAGAACCCAGGUCUGAAGGUUUCUAAGGACUCCCCCUUUGUGCCCAGGAUGUGUUUCUCUCCUGAUCCCGAGAUCUCGCUGUAAAAUCCUCUCACCGUGUCAUCUCAGACAGUAUUAUUAUUAUUAAUUAACCCUGUUUCUGGUUCCUGUUCUUGGUUCUCGGCGUAUUUUUAAAUGUGACUGAUGAGCCUGUGAAGCCAAACCUGCACCAGGAACCUUUUCUCUGCAGCUUUUAUUUUACAUGAACAAUAUCUCAGCUGCACUAAAUAAUGACUCACACUAUUUGUUUUUUUUUUUUCCUGCAAGUCUGUUUAAAAGAUUGAACGUUUUAACUCUAAUAAUAGUUUUUAUUUAAUUUUUAUACUUGCGAUAGUCAUGAGACUUUGUUUUAGUUAACAUAGGACUGCGUGUACGACUCAUUAGCACCUCGACGUGGUGCUUUAACCUCAUUUAACCGUGUUAUGGAAACUCUGCUCAAACGUCGUGUUUUAAAACGUGCCGAACUAUUUUUGCGCGAUAAUGAAAGCGCGUGUCGCGUGGUGCUCGCCGUGGUUUGGCUUCGCCGGCUCUGACCUGCCACUUGAAACAUUAUUUUAGCUACUGUAUCUAUGAGCACUAGCUAGCAGAGCGUACAGUCUGCUGUAGAGUGUAGGACGUGUAUACAUGUUGUACAGUGUGUGUGUUUUUUUUUUAUAUAUCGGCUGUGAUGUGAGAUUUCCGGUACGUUCAUGUUGUGACUCUUUGGUUACUGAAUGAUCUCUGGGUGGGUGAUUAUGUCUCCAGAAUCAGUUUUUAAUAAUAUUUCCUCCCACAAUGAAAACAGUGAUUUUUAUUUCUUAUCGUCCUUUUGUCUGUGAAUCUGAAAGUCUUCGAUCCCAGGAUGUCUUUUCUUUCAUUUUUUAUUUUAUCGGUCUUUGAACGGAGGUUCGUUGAAAUGAUGGUUGAUGGUUCAAAUGGAAGUUGAAAGUGUUUGUACAGACCUGAUGUUUUCUUGGUGAGAUGAGCAGAAGUCAGUUAUAGUCGGGGCCUUUGCUUCAUAUCUGUGUUCGGUUUAUUGUUACAUGGCAACCGCUGCACUAAGAGAAGGACACGGACACUUUAUUUAUAUUCUGUUUUAAUUCGACAUGAUGCAGAUUCACAGUUGGUUUCUCAUUGACACUGAGCGCAAACAUAAAGAACUAGUUCAGAUUUAGAUUAAACUAAGUGCAUUCGAACAAACAGCUGUGCAGAGAUUAAUACACGAGUCAUUGAAACGUAUGAAGUCUUUUAGUACUUUUGCAAGAAGCAGAAAAAUGCUCCUUUAAAUAUUUUUUCAUGCCCCUGAUCUCUUUACGUCUUAUUAUUAUUAUUAUUAUUAUUAUUAUGUGAACUGCUCAGUUUGUUGCGUGGUAUUGUGAGAACACGUGCACCAGAUCCAGAUUUCCAUGACUGAGGAUCAGAUUCAUUAACAGUGCUGAUAGUCCUCGAUGGCUCCUCACGUUAAUUAUUGUUGAAAUCUAAUCUAAUAAUCGUGGAGACACGUUUGUUUUGUGGCCUCAGUGAAAUCUGUUGCUGGUGCAUCUCUCAUGUGAAAGUAUUGAGGAUGUUGUAAUGAAGGGGUUUGUUGGAAGUGAUUGAUGGACAGUAAUAGACCUUUCCUGUUUUUGUUUUUGUUUGUUUUUGUUUUAUAUUGUUACACUCUGGGAAGCCUUAAGUGUUUCACUUCAUUCUGUCAUAUUUAUUGCAUUUUGGGUUUCUUUUCUUUCUUCUUUUUUUUUUAAAUGUGGUGGAAUGAAAUGAGCCAGAUUUAAGCUCCUCUUAUUUUUAAUUAAUUUUCUUAAAGGUUUUGUCAUUCAGAUGGGAGCAGAUACAUCCUGUAUGAUGUGAAAUUUCACACGUGAAACAGAAAAAAGUCCCUUUAGACGCUCGUGGUGGUUUUAACCUGUGAGCGUUGCACGUCUGUUACGUAAAAUGUGAAAACGUUUAGCCGAUCUCUACUCGUUUGUGCUGUGCACGGUCACUGAUGAGGUCUGUACACUGUGACAACAGAUUAAGCAAAGCCUAAAAAAAUAAAAAAAAGUUGAGUUGCACCUUAUUUUUUUUUUUUUUGUGGAUCAAUGAGACCUUUUACCUACUGAACAUAUACUAAACCAGUCUUAUUUCUUCUCUUGUGUCACUUUUUUCUAACGUUAUAAUGAACUCAUCAGUGACUGUUGCACCGGCCCAUUAAACUGUGGUAACCUGUUUGUUUUAUUUUUUUAUUUUUUUAUUUUUGUGUAAAAUAACCUGUACAGCGGAUUCCUUGCGAACCAACCGCUUUGCAUUAAAACUUUUUUAAUGUUUCCUA